UAACCUUAUGAUGUGUUUUUCACAGAUCAGUAACUGUACUCAUAAAUACAAUGAAAGAAACAUUAAGACGAAUAUUCAUAGUCCUAAUUUUUUUAUCGAUUGUAUCUUUAUUCUCCAUUUUCACUCUAAAACAAAGUCAACUGGCCUACAUGCCAGAUGGAGAUCGUCUACAUGCGAGGCAAGAAAGAAUGCUCAAAGUAACAAAGCCACUAGAGAACUGUAUAUCCCCCGAAUCAACUAUCACAUCUACCUCAACAUCUUCAACUACAAAACCACCAAGCACAGCAAUACAUUCUUCAAUACAAUGCACCAACGGGCCAAAAAAAAACUUGAUGUUUUUAAAAACGCACAAAACUGGAAGUUCAACAGUACAGAACGUUCUUGUGCGACACGCAAAUAAAAACAAUUUAUUCAUUGCAUUACCUGCUUAUGAUAUAUUAUUCAACUACCACUCUGGCCUCGGGUUCAGAAGAGACUUUGUUAAGAAAACACCGGCCGACAAAACCGUCAACAUGCUCGUACAUCAUAUGGUUUUUAAUAAGAAAGAGGUAGCCGCUGUAUUGCCCCCAGAUACAAUCUAUUUUACCAUACUACGAGAUCCUGCCACGCAAUUCGAGUCAGUCUUCAAAUAUUUGAAUCGAGACGUCCGUGCAUUUCGUAGAGUCAAGGGAGGGAUGAAAGAAUUUCUCACAAACCCAGAAAAAUACUACAAAGGGGAAGGAGACGGGCAUAUAUGGUGGUUCGGAAAAAAUAACGUUAUGUACGACCUCGGAUUCAAUAAUACGAACGAGACUGACCAAUACAUCCAGGAGUCAAUUGAGGAAAUCGAUAAAACUUUCCAGCUGGUUCUAAUUUCCGAAUACUUUGAUAUUUCUUUGCUCUUACUAAAAGAUUUACUGUGCUUGGAUAUGAGAGACAUUGUAUACUUGUCCAUGAACGCCAGAAAUCAGUCAUCCGUGGAACACGUGACAUCUGACGUCACUGAUUUAAUCUAUAAUUGGAAUAAGGCUGACACAGCUUUGUAUAAACACUAUAAUAAGACUUUCUGGCAACGGGUUGAAAAAUACGGGAAAGAGAGAAUGGAAAAAGAUUUAUUAGAAUUCGAAAUUUUGAAGAAUGAAACUGCAAAUUUUUGCGUUGAAGAUAAGUUACUCAAUAAUAAAGAUGUGAAAGAUAAAUCAUUAAAAAUGUUUAAUCCUCAAAACAUUGAUAUUGGACAAUAUAAAUUAAAAGAGGAGGCUAAAAAUAAUAUGACCUGUCGAGGAAUGAUACUGCCUGAAAAAGCAUGGUAUAACAUUUUUUCAAAUCGACAGUAUCGUCAUAUUCCACAGAAAAAAACUGCAGCAAAAUAUAAAAUGGUUAAACAGCAGCCAGGAAAUACAAAAACGGUGAUUCCAAAUCCCGCUGAUGCCAAUGAAAACGUAUGAGUACAAACACGUCAAGCGCCCAAAGUCGUUGUCAAGUUUCAAGCUGGAAAACCCAACAAAACCCCGGUAGUAAAUAAAGUCAAGCUUGCCCCUCACUCUAAAUGAAUCGGAAGAGACAAAAAUAACAAAUUUCGGCCUCAUGAAGAAUGCGCGCCAAGAUGGCGCACAACCUGAACUCAGGUUGUGUACCAGGAAAGGGUUCAGGUUAUGCGACAUAUUGGUGCGCAUACUUCAGAAGCACCCAAAUUUCAAACUACAGAGCAUACGAGUCUUUCAAAGAUAACCAAGAUUAGCAAAUUUUUUUGUAUCGGUUCACUAUGUUGCUACCGCGCGGGGCAGAAAAUGGGAUGACACCCACAAUAUAUUCGGGCUCCGGUAUCCGUUUGACUCUUAGGCGUGGGCCAUGCUGACAGAAGUCCAAGUGUUAAUUUAAGUUCUGUUUUUAUUUAUUUGAUACCUGAAACUCCGACUGAUUAACAUCGCCAUCUCGCGGAUAUAUAUUUACAACACACAAUUGUAAAACGCCACAUCAAUCAAUCAAUUUUAUUUCGGUCACUCUGGUAUAAAACAAAACAAUAACAAACGAACAAACACAAAACACAGAGGACCUGAAGGACGGGCAUAACUUAAAGAAAAGUUAAAACAUGAACACACAUUUCAAACCCUUUUGGCAGUCAUUUACUCAAUGCGAUCAGGCAGUAGCACACAAAUGAUCUAAGUCAGUGCUUCCCAAACUUUUUCAGUUCGCGACCAACUUUUUUUGUCAUUUGUUUUUUUGCGACCCACAAUGAAAUAUUAAUAUAUGAGAAAAAACACAAUGUAUGCACAUGCAAUUAACUGUUGUUGCAAAACUUGAGCUUGCAUAUUGGAUAUUAUCAGAUCAAGUCUACCCGAUUUUAACAAAUUACUAAUCUGCUUAGUAGCUUACCAACACUUUCCAACAUGUCGAUACAUACGUACAUGACGAAUGAUUCUAAUUGUAAAAUUUCAUAAGUGUUAUUGUUACGUAAUAAUGCCACAAUUUUCCGAAUUUAAUCGAACACUGUAUUCGGAAAUACUUCACGACCCAUCAUUGGUUGGGAAGCAUUGGUCUAAGCUAUUUAUCGACUUGCCGCGGCGCUCCAGAAGUAUGUGUACCAAUAUGGAGGUCACUAAUUUUUUCGCCCAUUUCACAUCAAAUUGUGUAUGGGGACUGAAACAUAUGAACAGGGGUAUAUUCACUUGGCUAACAUAGACAGUUCCCGAACUCUUAAUCGAACUAAAAUAAGGCAAUACGAAAUAAAACUAUAGCGUAACCCUAACCUGGUUCACAUACGUCGGGAGUGCCCUUGCCGCAAUUAUAUCGCCGCAUUAUAUUUCGCAUUUUUCAGAUAUGGAAUUUUUUAUCUUCUGUCUCAUUGCGGACUAGGAGCCAUUUUGUGGUUUGGGUUUCAAAGCUGAACCUAUUUUGGUUUUAACUCAAGAUAGUACCUUAAUAAAAAUUUAGUUUUGUCUGCCAAGUUAUUACGAAAAUGCGAUUUUGCCGUAACGUAAUGUGACAUAAGCUAAUUUGGGUUUACCGCGGUCUUACUUACUUAUUUUCCUACACCUCUUUCCUCAAUGCGGAUAUUUACCUUUUUCAUCGUUCAUUUUUUUACUGUUCUCGCAGCGUAUCUUACAAUGUUCAAAUAAAUUGGGAAAAAGGUUUAAUGUUUUCACAAAUAAUAUAUAUUUAUGAAAUGUUCAUGUUAGGUGAUAUUUAUGACGUCAUUAUUACUGCUUUAUUUAUGUCGCUUGAUGCCACUGUUGAGCUCUUUUUCUCUUGAUGUAUCGCAUGUUGCUUAGUGCUAUGAUUUACAAUGUCUAUGUUAUCAUAAUAUACUCAAAGCAUCCUGAA